UGCUUGUGAGUCGCUCUUCGGGCCCUGAGUUGGCGCGACGCGCGUCUCCUGUAACCGCUACUUUUUUUGUACUCCAUAAAGCCCCCGAGCGUCGAGUGCUUUUUGUUUUAUUAUAAUUAUAUUUGUUUUCAUUUUUUUACGUACUCUAAAAAAAUAUAUCCGUAUAUUAAUAAUUAAUAAAUAUAUAAAUAAAUAAAUUACUAUUAUUAUUAGUAAUAAUACUAAUAAUUUAAAAAAAAGUGGAAUUUACUGAAAGCGCUUGGAAAUAAUCGCAGGAUUAGGUGAGAUAAAAAGUUACAAAAAUGGCAGUUUUUGGUCUUGUAUCAGCGGUAGCUGGUUUUGUGAAAGUGAGGUAUUUAAUUGACAAGGCCAUCAUUGAUAACAUGGUCUUCAGAGCUCACUAUAGAAUCACGUCGGCUAUUUUAUUUGCCUGUUGCAUCAUCGUCACAGCCAACAACUUAAUCGGUGAUCCUAUUAACUGUAUAGCCGAUUCAGCGGUAACAGAGCACGUGAUCAACACCUUUUGUUGGAUAACAUACACAUACACGCUUCCAGACAAUGCAUUGAAGCCAGUGGGUACUCAUGUAGCAGCACCCGGACUUGGAACAGAUACCGGAGAGAAAAAGUACCACUCGUAUUAUCAGUGGGUUCCUUUCAUGCUUUUCUUCCAAGGAAUACUGUUCUAUCUGCCUCACUGGAUGUGGAAGCAAUGGGAAGAUGGUAAAAUAAGAAUGAUUUCUGAUGGCAUGCGUGGUACACUUGUUGAAACCAAACAAGAACGUCAGCAACGUACAUCACGUCUUAUUCAAUAUAUUAUGGACACAUUGCAUUUGCAUAAUAGUUAUGCUGCUGGUUAUUUCUUCUGUGAAGCAUUAAAUUUUGUCAAUGUUGUCGGUAACAUUUUCUUUGUGGACACAUUCCUCGGCGGGGCAUUCUUGACAUACGGAACAGAAGUUGUUAAAUUCAGCCAGAUGAAUCAAGACGAGCGAAGCGAUCCAAUGGUUGAAAUAUUCCCACGUUUAACCAAGUGUACAUUCCACAAAUACGGUGCCUCCGGAUCGAUACAAAAACUCGACGCUCUCUGUGUACUUGCUUUGAAUAUUCUCAAUGAAAAGAUAUUCAUAUUUUUAUGGUUCUGGUUUAUCAUACUGGCUGUUAUGUCGGGCGUUGCGCUGCUAUACAGCAUGGCCGUUGUUCUGUUACCCAGCACGAGGGAGACUAUUCUUAAAAAACGAUUCAAAUUUAGCACAGCGUCUGCAGCUGGCAGUCUCGUUCGCGAAACACAAGUGGGAGACUUUCUUUUGCUCCAUUUGCUGGGCCAAAAUAUGAACAUGAUGGUAUUCAAUGAAUUGCUGGAUGAACUUUGUCGCCGUCUUCACGUCGGAUCAAGUAGCGGAGCGUCACCGGCUUCCGUACCGUCGGCACCCAGUACUUUAGAAAUGUCACCAAUUUAUCCGGAAAUUGAAAAAUAUUCAAAAGAUACCGAGAUUUAAAUACCACAAUUAUUAGUUAUUACUUGUGAUAAUACACUGGUGCCUUAAUUAUUAAAUUUAUAAAUUUUAAUAUCUACUAAUCGGUAGUUUUUUUAAAAAUUUUUUAACUUUAGUUAUACGUGACCGGAAUAUAAAUUAUCAAAAUUUUGAUUAAUUAAAUAAGGCGCAUUACUCAUUAUGAGUAACAAAUUUUUUUGUUCAGUGUAAAAUGACGUAGGAAAAAAUUUAAAAAACUUAAAUAAUUAAUUUUAAAAAUUUAAAUCGACAAUAAAGGUGCAAUUGUUGUGCAUUACUAAAUUUAAUUGUUUGCGUGAUACGAAAGAUAAAAAAAUAAAAUAGAAAUAAUAACAAUUUAUAAAAUAUUAUAAAAAGUAAACGCGCUUUGAAUCAGUGGGCUGUGACUCGAUCGAUUCUUAAUGCAAAGCGACGUACGACGAUUCUCGAUUAAUAGUAACAGAGUACUGUCAUCAUAACGACAAUUAAAUUAACAGUAAUGCAUCUGCACAAAUAAUUAUUACUGAUAAAUGUUAAAUCCGUGUAGGAAUUAAUUAAUAUUAUUAUUAUUAAUUAAUUAAUUAAAUUAAUAAUAAUAAUCCACAUGUUUCUUAUUAUUUUAUAUUAUUAUCAAACUAAAUACUAAAACGUAAUGCAUAAAUAUAUUCCGUCCAGGGCAUAUUGUAUUUUAUUGUGUUCAGUAUCGUAAACUUUUCACUAAACAAUUUUAUCAUCAUAAACUUUAUCAUUAUUUCACUUAUAAAUAAUUACUAACAAUAAUAAAACGAAAUAGUGCCAACGUUAUCAAUCUAUAAAUAUAUAUUUAGUACAAUAAAGUAUAUAUUUAAUAAUUAUGUUUCUUUGUUCAGCAACCGCUCCGACUGUCCUUGAGCGACCUCAAUAAUUUUCUCAAUUUAAUAUUUUUUUCUCAAUAGCUUUAUAAAUAUAUGAAUAAUCUCGCUGUCUGUAAGGUACUUUGUUUGCGUACGGUGAAUAAUGAAAAAGACCGUGAGUUUAUUCCAAGAAAAAUCUUAUAAUUAUUAUUAAUAAUAAUUAUAUACUUUAUAAAUAUUGUUUCUAUCUUUAAAUCGCGAAAACUAGUGCCCUGGAACUACUUUAUAAUUAUCUGCUCAGUACUGAGGACCAAUCGAGAUUUAGUAUUAUUUAUAAGUUUUAAAUCUGAUUAAUUACUGUCUUUGUUCACUCGGUCAUUUAUUUACAAAGCUUUCUUUUAAUUGUAUCGAAUGUAUGUUUUAAAAAAAGUAGCCUCUCAAUAUCGAAUUGCUUUAAAAGAUAAGAAGCAGCUUUGUUUCUUUUUUUUUUUAUAUUAAAAAUAAUAUAUCAUAGCAUGUUUCUAAGUGAUAUGUAGUAAUUAUAUACCAUAAAUAUUUACGAGUAUCAAUACGUCUGUUAUAUUUAAAUUUUAAUGUAAUAAUUAAUGACGAAUAAAGAU